AUGCUACAGCCCGAAUUGGAGUCGAGUCUACAUCACUUAGCUGAAAUUGUCCCCUCAAUUGAGUGGUGGGAGUUUCACCUACCCGGGACUUGUCCUGGCGACCACAUCUGGAUCCGCCUGCCAGGGGAGAUCGAAGUGGCCUGUGGAAAGCCUUCAAACCUUCCGGAAUACUCGGAUUUCCUUGGACGUCUCAACAUCCUACACUGGGGAGCUGAGUGCCGAAUUCUCGGCCAAAGGAUUGCCCCGAGUACUUUCGAUCAGGUGAUUUGUAUCGAACGAGUGGCCUCCCGACCUCCAAAACUCAUCUGGGUUGAUGUCAACCAGGAGGCGGUUGUGUCCUUCCAGAAAGCAGUCGGAGUUGUUGACGUGUCUCGUCCAACGAAGGCACCAGUUGGAAGUAAGGUCUGGGGCUGGUUGUCCGGUGAACUGGUUGUGCGCGCUAUGCCACUUCUAGUCGACACAGAGCGCUACUUCUUCCCCGUCGAUUUUUCCUGCCAGGAUGAUAUCGCUGUCCUCCUUUCUACAAGCGAUUUCCGGAGUCCCAAGUGCGACAGAAGAACGCCUACCUCAGAUGAACACUCUCUGCCUCCACCAAAACUCAUUGUCAUCAAUCCACAGAUGAAUGUGACCUACCCCUGUGACCUUGAUCCUCUUAGCACUGCUCAACUAGGAUCUUCUUUGGGGGAGCCACGGAAGCAUCGAAGUUCGUGUGUCGGAAUCGUCUGUUUCUUCGCGGUCCAACUCAAUAACCAAUCCUCAAAAAAGGCCACAUGCUUCCAGAAGGAACCAACCAACCUUAAACUGGAAAGCAUCUCCGCUAUCCACUCCAAAUUGUGUCAAAAAGAAGAAGAAGAAGCCUCAUCGAUCUCUCAUGAGAUCCUUUUCUCCCUUCCAACCCGACAACCUAAUUUCUUUAUGUUUGUCGUUGACUUUUUGCGACGACUUCGACACAUUGUCCAACACGAGUUGCUAUUAGAACGCUUUGAAAUUGUUGGCAUCUGUCGAACUUCUGCAACAUUCAAAAAUCAGCCCAUGAACCAUGGUCGGGAAUAUUUGAACUCAUAUCGACAGCUCAGAGACGAACAUUAUCUCAAUCUGAUUCACCCAAUGACGAGUUAUUUACUAAAGUGCAAUUACCAACACCUCUACGGCAUAUCAGUCUGGAUUCGAACAAAUACUGGGGUCGUGAUUCAAGACGAGGAGGAUGUUGACGGCAUCCAAGACGACGAGCUCGCGUUCCCAUGUUCCAUGAUGGACGAGGAGGCGACCAAAAGAGACACCAAGCUCUCAGAGACCCUGGUGGAGAUUGAAGACUUCAUGCAACGCGUCGUCUGGACCAUUCAACAGAACGACGCGGGUGGAAACAGUGCUCGCGAUCCCAACAUCGAGAGCCAACGAUGUCGGAUCGCCAUGCAACUUGAGGAGAUGCGGAGCAGUGAAGGCGAAAGUCAAUCCCAUGGACCCAAUUCAUCCAACCAACCGCUGUCACUCCUCAACAAGUUCUUCCAAAUUCUCUCCUCCCUCCUGAAAAUCGGUGAUCUUGUGGAACAGGCCACUUUACAGGAGAAGGCAGAUUAUUCACACACCAUGCGAUUGGUCGAACUCCGACUGCCCGAACUGACCGCCUUGCAGAACGACCAAUCAGAAGCGACCGCUGUUCGACUCGAGCGCGCGCGUCGAACGCUCAGACUGUUGCUUCGUAUUCAGUCAACCGUGAAGUCUUUUACCAGCCCAAACGAAGCCACAACCGAUCUGGAACCGUUGAUUUCACGAGCCAAUGAUAUCCUACAACACUGUCUCAAAGAAGAGGUGCUGAAAGAGCUUAAUGCAGAACCUGUUAUGGACGUUUGUGCAGAUGACGUCGAGAUAAUCGCGGCGUUUUUGGAAACAAUUAAAGACUACCUAGCUAGCAUUCCACGGUCUUUGUAUUGUAAUGCAGAAGAAACCUCAACACCUCUGGAGAGGCUUGCGGAGAUCCGUUCGCGCCUCUGCGAGGAAAUGGCAUUUCUAAAGAGAACCUGUUCGUGGAUCCCCUGUCUACUAAGUAAAGAAGUUCAGGUAAAAUUUCUUCUCCCAUUAGAGAUCCGAUCAGACCUGAACGAGGUUUUCCGUCGUGCAGUCGAUGCCUGCAAGCGAUUGGAGGUGUUCUCACGGUUGGUGUGUGAGCAUUCGGGUCUCCACAUGCUCGCCGUCAGGCUAACCAAUAUCCACAGUCGUUACCUAAGUGGCGAGCUAUCUGGAACAGAAAUAUGUCGGUUAAAAGGCGACCUCGAUCGUUGUGAAGCUGAGGUUGUCCUCGAAAUCCUCUCUUGUGCUAAACAAAACCACGUCUUCCUCGACAGCGUCCUGUCCGGACUCCAGAAGGACAUUACAGCAGCUCGACAAGCUCUAGACAACGUUAAACAAGUCCAAGAACCGCUUAGUCCAGACAUAAUGGAAAAAUUCAACUCCACUUCGUCCACAUUUGAAGCCCUGCUGAUUGGCUGGUUCCUCCAGAGCACCGCGUCACCAGAUCCCCACCUUUCCCCUCUGGUUCAGAGGCUUGAAAAGGAGGUCUCCGCGUCUCUCCGAAACCCCACCUUCGCACAGCUCUGCGUUCCAGUGCUGGAGCAAUUCUUCUCCUACAUACCCUCUCCGAAGUAUCCCGAGGCGAGCAGUCUGCAUCACAUUUUGUACAUAUUGGGUGAUGUUGCUCGACGUCUUGAUAUUGCCGUUAAGCUCAUCGAGCGGACGGCAUUUCUGAUCACAUUUUCAUCUUCAAAGCCCCUGCAGAUCCUCAGAUUUGCUUAUCCACGCGCCAAGAAAGCUAUUGAUUUGUGUCUGAAGGCCCUGGAAGGGGUCGUUUUCGAAGUCGCUGAGUGGAGAACGCUCAUCCUUCAUACCAAAAACGUGGACGUAGUUGACGGUGGGACUCAGGCAGUUGUUGAGGCUGUCAAUUUUGCGAUGGACGUUCUUUCACAAGAAUCUCCCCACACCAGUUCGAUCGGCUUCUACAACUGCCCUGAUCUGCUCAACCAAACCCUCGCCUGUCUCGCCACGGCUUCCACUUCGCUGUUGUCGUUUCGCGAAGUGACUGAUCAGUUUAAGAAUGAAAAAACAGGUAUCUUUGAUCACACAAACGCACUGUUACAAGAAAUAGUCGAAAUCGAUUGGCUGCUCGCGGACACACGCCUACAGACUGAAUUCGAAUUAGCCAAUGAGAUUGGUGGAGUUGAGGGCGGUGAAAUUGAAUCGAGCUGGAGCUCCAAAGCUGCGGAACUUUUGCAGCAAAUCAAGCCAGCCAAUAGAAGGCGUCUGCUGAACAUGCUGGAAGACCUAGAACGGAGUGCCUCGAAGCACAGCCGGUCACUUCUUGCUCUGCUCGAUGCCUCGUGCACACCAUCCGCCAGUUUCGAAGCUGCGCCGUUGUUGGACUACAUCGUAGCCAGAGCCGAGAGUUUUGUUUCUACUGAAGGUGAUUUGAGGGCCUAUCCGAAGAGGCAUCAUCGAGAGAACGGAGGUGGAAAGUCCGUGGAAGUCAACGGACUCCAACCGAAUGGCCAUCAACAGCAAAAUUCACCCUCGACAGAAGCCUUCUACGCGGCAGUGAGGAACCUCAGCAACGAAUUCACCCAAAUUCGCGAAAACUGGACUAGGAAUCCUGACAGGUUGAAAUUGAAAGAGGUCCUGCGUCGAAGUGAGAUCCUAGUGGAAACUGGCCGUCAAAGCAUCCUAUCGUCAAGGCGGACGACCUUCUGUCAGCGGAUCGUGUUUUCCCAUUGGCCGGAAGCGCUUAAAAUGUUGAUUCUGGCGGAAGAAGCACGACACGAGGUAGCAGUGCUCAAGACAUCGAAUUCUCCCUUGUCGAAGGUAGUCCACUGCGCUCUUGACUUCCAGACAGUCGUCGCGCAUCACCUGAUGCCUUCAAAUCUUGGCCUUGAGGAGGUACUGGGGUCUGAGCAACCGAGCGUCGAAGACGCAUUUAAGACGUUGCAGAAGGCUGUUGAAGCGGUCACAUGUGGUGAAUCGCGAAAUUCCCCCACAGAAACCAAUGGUUUGUCUGCGGAUGAAUCCUGGCUCUUCCAGAUCGGAAUCUCGCGAAGGAAAAAUGAGGCUGCGGCCAAAAUUUGGCAAUUUUGUUCUGACCUCUAUUCUCUUUUCCAAGACUACAAUUCUCAGGUGGUGUCUCAAGUAGACAGUUUGGCGUCUCCUUCAAUGGCUGCGAUUAGAAAGGAUUUAACCCGCCUCGACUUGCAGCUCACCGAAUUGGCCCGUGGAAAUGCCUCAUUAGACACGCUCGAGGACUGCAGUCGCCAAAUUGUUGAUCUUGAGCGGCUCCUUCAAAAAGCGCGCGAAACCGCAAGAAUUCUGUUCACAUGCAUCGCCACAGAUUCAAGGUCAUUGCCACGGGCAUCGCCAGCUAAUCCGCUUGACGUGGAUGAGUUGUAUAAGCGGGCUGUCAAGUUGGUGCGUGACUACCAGUCCAGCGAAAUCGGCUGUCAACUUGUCGACGCAUGGCAACACCUUCAGUUAAUCGCGGAUAAACUGGGUCGCCUUCAGGCGGGAUUACCACUAACGGACUCACUCCCUGAUACAGAGCCGGCGUUUGAGGAGUCGCCGAUGCCGUCCAGCAGCGAUUUCUACUGCGACGAGGUCUCCAGUGCGUCGCUCGCGCGCAGACGUGGAUGGAGCCUUCUGGAGGUUCUUGGAUCACACGAUUGUCUCUACCCUGGUUGUCGUCGCAAGAGCGCCACGAAUCACAAUGAACGCACCAUCACGAAUAGCACACUGCUUUCAGAGCUUCAACAGUUCUACGAUCUCUUGUUUACGGAGUUCAAUGAAUGCGUUAUGAAUAUACCUGAGCACGUUCUCACGUCUACCAGUGUGGAAGCUACCAAUGGCGAAAUGACCUUGAUGAAUCUGCGCGAGGAAUGGCACAAGGACAAAGGUCUUUCGAGUCUCUACCACACGCUUCGACGUCGUGUGGAAGAAGACGUCAGCGGAGACGCAGGCGUCAAGAACACCUUCAUUCACAUUCAGACCCUAUGGGGAGAUGUUGAUGCAAAGAAAGGCUGCAUCACCUCUGAUCGUCUAGCCACUGUAUCUUCUUGGUUGCUUGAAGUUCAACGCCAACUAGAGAAAGAGAUUCUUCCACGUCUUCAGAGCGUGUGGAAGUUCUCCGAUGCUUUUACUCCUCUCUCCACCGUCGAAGAGUGCGUCUACAAAAUGAGUGAGAUCACGGAAGACUCGGAGUCUCUGGCGCGUCUGGGAUUACUCAGCGAGAAUCGAGCAGCAUCCGUCAAUCGGGCACUUCGAACCGGAUGGUUCAGCGUGCGUGAAUUCCUAGUUGAGAGGUGCGUCAAGUCGGCGGUGCAUGAAGACCUCUGCGGAAGGUACUUCACCCUGAUAGACGACUACAUUCGACUGUCCGCGGGACUUGGAUUCGUCAACGACAGCCUCGUGGAUGCCCACACCAAAUUGUGCAACCAGUUUCUGCUGCGAGGCAGUCAGAGACGCACCCACGACGUGGGACACAGCAAACUCUGCUCCACGCGUAGAUCGCUUCGCUCGCUGUUCUUGCCAUCUUGGCUCACGGAGAAGUAUCGCAUGGUGAACGCGCGGCCGCCUGUCGCGGUGACACUUCAUUCCCUUCCCGACGUCUCCACCGGCAGCUACCCCACUCUCUGCCAUCCCGAACUCGCCUUCCACAGUCCGGUGUGCGCGUCGCUCCAGUCGCGCUGCUGGACGUCCACGCCUGACGUGCGAGUUGUUCCAGCCAAUCACGAUGGUUGCAGCCAUCGCAGGCGAGCAGAGAAUAGCUUUUCAGAGGUGGAGGAUGCAAGCGCGCUGGCGUCGCCUCAGAUGCUCCUUGAGUUCUCCUUUUCCCCACGAAUCACGAAGGCACCACACUGGCCGCAGCUGAGCGCUUCGCAGCUGUCCUUCUCGGCCAUGGCGUCAGAAGAUGGCAAAGUGGAAAUUGACGAGCACGGAAUCCCCAGUCUGGAAGGCACGAAAUGCGAGAAGCAAGUUCUCCUUGAUGCAUUGCUGGAUGAUGCUGAGAAACCAAGUGAGCUGAUGAAGGACGUCUCACUUCUUCUGUCGCAACUCCGGGCCCACGGAAUACAAGCGCUCGACGUGGAACAAGCUCAAGAUGACGAGAGUGCACCGGCACUUCUCGAACCCAAUGAAUCCUCAAACAGCAUUAGCACAUCACUUGGCCAGAAUGAGAGUAUUCAAGAAACAGGCUUGGAGAUCAACAAAGCGGCAAAUCGAGAGAUCAAUAAAGUCGCUUUUGUUUCCUCUAGGAAAUACAGGACCACAUCUCCGAUUUCUUGGUGCACUAUCUAUUUACCAACCGCUGAGAACGUCGAACCGCCAAUGCACCUCGAAUCAACGACUGAGUCAAAUAUCUGCCGCAUUGAGAGCUCUCCAGUUACCCCCCAGCGGGAGUUCUGUGCCCCAGCGGUCUGCUCUGCACUCCCCGACGAUGACAACCAAUCACAAUUGGCCUGGAAUGGCGGGAAAAUUGUCACGGAGGAGAAAGGCAGAGGCAUCGAGCAAAGUCAGGGGAACUACUUCGAGGCUGGAAUGCCAGACAAAGACGAUCCCGGCACUUCUGACUGGCUGGGCUACCAGCAGGAGGCCCACAUUCAAGAACUAAUAAACGAGUACAUGGACGGUGACGACGACACUUCCCUGACUGAGGCGGAAAGUGCUUCGUCAGCCACUGGACCCUCAGUACUGGUUUCAAAGAACCAAAGCGGAACCUCUGCAUCGUUUGAAGAGUCUGGUUUGGGUGAUGACGUGUCUUCGGGAAGGGAUUAUGGCGAAUCCAACCUGAUGGUGGUGAACCAAGCCAACUUCCCGAGCCAGUUUAACAGACCUCCUUCUGAUUUUCAUGGAGACGAGGUCACACGACAGGCUAACUUACCCGCGGGCACUUCGAUCGAGUGGGGAUGCCCUCAGUCCCUUGUGCUCUCUGAGGCCGCAAAUACCGACUUUAAUUUCGAUUGGAUGGUCAGUGCCGUGGAGGAACAGAGGAACAACGCGAGGAAGGACGAAGCUUCGCGGAUUUGGAAACAGUGUGAUUCAUCCUCCAGGGUUCUAACCUUGACGUGUGAUGGCGGUAUAGAAGAAAUAAUCCUUCCGAAAACCAUCUUUGGAAGUAAUUCCAGUCCAGCUCUGGGUGACAACCAGACAGUCGGUAAAAGUCCAAUUGACGAUGACUUCGCUCCAGAAUUGAGGCUCGAGCAGGCUGAAACGAAAUUUCUGGAGAAACCUAGGCCAGGAGAACAGCGUGGAAGCGAUAGACAGAAGACGCCAAGCAAAACAUCGGACUUGAUUAGCGUAACGCAAGACGAAAUGAAAGCAGAGCAUAGACCAGAUGGCAGUUAUCAAAAACUGGAAAAAAAUAAGCAAAAUGAAACCACGGAAGAUCUUUCAAAGAAUAAAGACAUCUUGAACAAGGACGAGGAGAUUACCCAAGUGAGGAUAGGAGCGAGUAAAGAAGCCUCAGCGAGAGAAGAUGGAAGAGGAAUGACAGGGGAGAAGGAUGAGGCGCCUCAGGUUGAUGAUAGUGAAUGGUCGACGAAAAAAGGAAAGAGGAGGAAGAAAAAGACGCCAAAGACGAAGCAGAAGGCAAGAUAUGUGGAGGGGGAGGGAGAGGCAGCUAGUGAUAUGGAUCUGGAUGGCCUGGUGAGAACGGAAGUCCAUGAGCUUGACGGACAGCAGAAGUCAGAUGUUGGAGGUGUUUCGGUGAAUGACUCGAGUGCCUUUACAUUUGGACUUGACGAGGAGGUUGCGGUGGUGAAUUUGGAAGAAGAGAAAGAGGUCGAAGAACCGCCGUCUGAUGGAAGGAGCGCUCUGGAGGAUCUGGUAGAAGAAGAGAAUGAGGAUUUUGGUGAUUGGUCGACGACGAUAGGAAAGAGCAAGAGGAAGCCAAGGCCGAAGCAUGAGUCGGGAUCUGUGGACAGUGAGGAAGAGGCAACACAUGGCACUUCGGUGGAGAGUGAGAAGAGUGCGCCUGCGGAUGAACUUGGCAAAGAGGAGGACGACACGUUGAAUGCUGAAGAAGAGGUUGGUGAACCGCAAUUUGAAGAGGAGUUCACUGUGGACGAUUUGGUGGAGGUGAAUGAACCCAAGGUGGAAGAGGAGAGGAAGGACAGUGAGUGGUCGACGAAGAGAAUAAAGAGUAAGAAGAGGAGGAAGCCGAAGACAACGCAGAAGGCGGGAUAUUUAGAGAACGACGAAGACGUGGAACAAGUCCCCGUGGUGGAGAGUGUGACAGCUAGCAAAAUGCCAUCGGAUGGUCUGUUGAGCACGAAGGCACACGAGUAUGAUGGAGAGAAGUUCGGUGUAGAGAAUGAUGCGGUGAUGGCGUCGAAUGCGUCUGCGUUUGGACUAGGUGAGGACGAUUUUGUGGUGAAUUUGAGGGAACAGGAGGACGUCGAAGAAGUGCCCUCUGGAGAAAGGAGCACUCUGAAAGAUUCGGUGAAGGUGAAUGAACCGGAGGUGGAAGAGGCGAGGGUGAAAAUGGAAGCGGAUGAGGAGGUUGACAAGCCGCAGUCUGGGCAGAAGAGCACUUUGGAUGACCUAGCGGAGAUGAAUGAGCCAGAGGUUGCUAGGUUAAAGGAGGAAUCGCCCAAGUCGAAUGCUGCUGAAUGGUGGACGAUAACUGAAAAAAGCAAAAUGACGAAGAACCCAUGGACGAAUCAGAAUGCAUUAUCUGUGGAGAAGGAGGAAGAAGCUGCACAAGGCACUCUGGUCAAAAGUGUGUCUGUUGGCGGGAUGGCAUUCAGUGGAAUGGUGGUAACGGAGGCCCAGGGGGUCGAUGGAGGAGUGAGACUCGAUGUUGCAGAUGUACCUGCAGGUGGACUAGGCAAGGAGGAUAACGCGAUGGCGAAUGUGGAAUCGGAGAAAGUUGGUCAACUGCAGUCUGAAAAGAAGAGCACCCUGGAAGGUCUGGUGGCUGCGAACGAAUCGCAGGUGGAAGGUGAGAAUGACGAAAUUCCCCUAUCAGCUUGGAGUGAAUUAUCGACAGAGGCAGUCAGGAUCAAGAUGCCAUUGAAGUCACGAACAAGGCAGCAGGCAGGAUUUGUGGAAAGGGAGGAGGAAGCUUUAGAAAGCACUCCAGUGGAGAGUUUGACAGUUGGCGAAAUGGCAUUGGAAGGUCUGGUGGAAACGGAGGCCCAGGAGUUCGAAGGAGAAGACAGGUGCGAUGUUGAUGAUGUGCCUCUGUCGAAGACAAGUGGGCCUGUGGGUGGAACAGGUGCGGAGGAUACCACGAUGGUGACUGUGAAAGUUGAGAAAGGGGUCGAUUUAGACGAGGUUGGUGAAUCACAGUCUGGAGAAAAGAGCACUCUGGACGAUCUGUUAGAGGCGGAUAAAUCUGAUCUAAUGAAGACGAAUGAAUCUAUGAUGGAAGACUUGAAGGAGGAAGUACCUCAAUCGGAUUCCAGUGAAUGGUCGACUAAGCGAGGAAAGAGGAAGAACAAGAAGAAGAGGCCGAAGACACAGCAGAAGGCGAGGUCUGUUGAGAGUGAGAAAGUGGCAGCACAACACACUCCGGAAGAUGAUGUGACAGCUAGUGAGAUCGCAAUUAUUAAGUUGGAUAGGGUGGAGGCUCGCAAGUUUGAUGGAGAAGAGAUCUCUGCUGGUACGCAGACGAGUGAAUCUUCAGUUUGUGUAGGUGAGGGUGAUAGAACGGUGGUGAAUGUGGAAGAAGAAGAAGAGGUUGGUAAACCACAGUCUCCAGAGCAGAGAACUCUGGAUGAUCUAGUGGGAGUGAAUGAAUUAGAGGUUAAAGAGUACAAGGAGGCAAUGCCUCAAGCAGAUGUAAGUGAAUGCUCUGCAAAGACUGUUUCUGUAAUGCACGACGAAGAUUCGCCACAAUGCAUUCCAGUGGAGAUGGUAUCCAAUGAAAUGAUGCUGACGGGGACACACGAGAGACCUGAUGUUGCUGAAGUGCCUCCAUCCGAGACGAGUGCGUCAGCAGGUACAGUAGGUGGGGAGGGUCAUGCGAUUUCAGAUGUAGACAAAGACGUUUAUGAGGUAGAAUUGAAAGAGUUUGAUGAGCCUCUGUCUGGUGAAAAGACCACACUGGACGAUCUGAUGGAGACGAAUCAGUCGGAGGUGGAAGAGGCGAGAGUUGAAGCGCCUCAAUCCGAUGCUAGUGAAUGGUCGACGGGAACAGGAAUGGGGAAGAAGAAGGAAUCAAUGACAAAGCUGAAGGAGGGAUCUGUGGAGAGUGAAGAAGAAGCUGUUCUCGGCACUAAGGUGGAAAAUGUGUUGACUAGCGAAAUGACGUUUAAUCAGAUGGUUAGAUCGGAACCCCACGAGUUCCAUGGAAUCGAGAGGCCUACUGAUGAUGAUGCUUGGGUGACCCAACCGAAUGCGUCUACGAUUGCAUUUGGCAUAGUAAAUAGGGCGAUGAUGAAUAUGGAAGAAAAGGCAGAAGUGGAAUUAGAGGAAGCUCCUGGCACGUCGUCAGGAGAGAAAGACACUUUAGACGAUCUGAUAGACCCGACUAAAUCCGAGGUGGAAGAUGAGAAUGCGGAAUUCCCCCAAAUGGAUAGAAGUGAAUGGUCUAUGUGGAGAGAAAAGAGAAACUUGUCAAAAAAGCAUGAAAGGAAGCACAAGGCAGUGUCUUUGGAAGGGGACGAAGAAGCGUUACAAGGCACUUUGGUAGACACUAUGUCAGUUAGCGAGAUGGUAUUCGAUGGAAUGUUUGGAACGGAGGCGUACGAGGCUGAUGGAGAAGUGAAGCUGCGUGCUGGCGAUUUUAAGUUGACUGAGGCGAGGGUGUCUGCUGUUGGAGUAGGCGAGGAGGAUAACAGGAUGUUGAAUGCGGAAGCGAAGGAGAAUGUGGAAGUAGGGGAAGUUGGUGCACCGCAGUCUGAAAAGAAGAACCCACCUGACGAUCAGGUGGCGGUGAAUGAAUCGGAGGUGGGAGAGGAUCAAGAGGAAACGCCCCAAUCGGAUGGAGGUGAAUGGUCGACAAAGAGAGGAAAGGGUAGAAAGACGAAGAAGCGGAGGACGAAGCAAGAUGAUGUUUUUGUGGACAAUGACGUUAAAGCCGCACAAAACACUCUAAUGGAGUUCGCGACAGCUAGCGAGAUGACAUCGGAUUGUCCGAUGGAAACAGAGGCCCCCGAGUUCCGUGGACAGCAGAAACCUGACGUAGAAUACGUGGAGUUGACUGAAACGAGUGUGUGUGGAGUAAGAAAUGACCAGGAAGAUAAUGAGGUGGUGAAUGUGGAAGAAGAGGUUGGCGAGGUAGAAUUGGAAGAGGUUAAUGAACCCCCAUCUGGAGGGAAGAUUACUCUGGAUGAUCAGGUGGUGGUGGAUGAAUACGUGGUGGAUGAGAUGAAGGAGGAAAUACCCCAAACGGAUGUUGGUGAAUGGUCGACGGUGACUGGAAUGAGCAAGAUUUCAAAAGAGCCAACGACAGAGGACAAGAUAGUGCCUGUGGAGAGGGAGGAAGAGGCAGAUCAAGGCCCUCCGAUAGAUUUUAGAGUUGGCGAGGAGCAUAAUGCAGUGGUAAAUGUGGAAGAGGAGGAGAAUGUGGAAUCGGAGGAAGUUGGUCAACUGCAGUCUGAAAAGACGAGCACCCUGGAAGGUCUGGUGGCUGCGAACGAAUCGCAGGUGGAAGGUGAGAAUGACGAAAUUCACCCACCAGCUUGGAGUGAAUUAUCAACAGAGGCAGUCAUGAUCAAGAUGCCAUUGAAGCCACGAACAAGGCAGAAGGCAGGAUCUGUGGAAAGGGAGGAGGAAGCUUUAGAAAGCACUCCAGUGGAGAGUGUGAUAGUUGGCGAGACGACAUUGGAAGGCCUGGUGGAAACGGAGGCCCAGGAGUUCGAAGGAGAAGACAGGUGCGAUGUUGAUGAUGUGCCUCUUUCGAAGAAAAGUGGGCCUGUAGGUAGAAUAGAUGAAGAGGAUACCACGACGGCGAAUGUGAUAGUGGAGGACGAGCUGAAGGCGAGUGAAUCUGUGAUGGAAGACUUGAAAGAGGAAAUUCGUCAGUCGGAUUCCAGUGAAUGGUCGACUAAGAGAGGAAGGAGGAAGAACAAGAAGAAGAGGCCGAAGACACAACAGAAGGUGAGAUCUUUGGAAAGUGGGGAAGAGGCAGUACGAGGUACCCCGCUUGAUGCUGCGACAACUAGCGAGAUGGCGGUCGAUGGAUUGGUGUCAGAAGAGGGCCACAAAUUAGAUGCAACAGAGAGACACAAUGUUCUCGAAGAAAUGCAGGUGACCAAAAAUAUUGCUUCUCUCGUUGGAGUAGGCGAGAAGGAAAGUACGCUGGCGAAUGUGGAAGCGGAGGAGGAUAGUGGACUGCAGUCUCCAGAGCAGAGAACUCUGGAUGAUCUGGUUGGGACGAACGAAUUGGCGGAGGAGGAGGAGAAGGAGGAAAUAUCCAAAUCGGAUGGAAGUGAAUGGUCGACGAGAACGGGCACGAAUAAGAAGAAUCCAAGAACUCAACAGAAGGCUGGAUCUGUUCGGUGUGCGGAAGAACCUGCACAAGACGCUACGGUGGCGCGGGAAACAGCUAGUCAGAAGGCAUUUGAUGGAAUGGUUGGAACUGCAGCUCACGAGUUCGAUGGAGAAGAUAGACACGAUGUUGAUAAAAUGCCUGUUUCCGAGACAAGUGCACAUGUGGAUGGAGUUGGUGAGGGAGAAGAUGCGAUGGCGUGUUUUGAAAAGAAGGCGGUGGAAUCACAUGAGAUCGGUGAGCCACGAUCUAGAGAGAAAAGAACGCCUCACGAUACGGUGAUUACGAAUGAGUCGAAGGUGGAUGUAUCCCAGUCAGAUGGUGGUGAAUGGUUGAGAGGGAAAGGUAAGAGCAGGAAGAAAAAGAAGAAUCCGGCGACGAGAUUUGUGGAGAGUGCGGAAGAAUCUGCCAAAAGCAGUAUAUUGUCUGGCGAGAGAGUAUUCAAUGAAUUGGUGGGAAUGCAGACUCGCGAAUUCGUCAGAGGAGUGAGACAGGCUGUCGAAGAUGCGCCUGUGUCCGAGACGAGAGAUUCUGCGAUUACAUUUGAUGAGGAGAGCAACACGAUGGCAAAUGUAAAAGAGGAGGAAAAUGUGGAAUUGGAGGAGGUUGGUGAACAGCAGUCAGAAGGAAAGAUGACUCGGGACGACUUCGUGGUGGACGAAGUGAAAAAGGAAACGUUACAGUCAAUUGAGAGUGAAUUGUUGACGAGGGCUAUGGUGAAAACGAAGCUAUCUACGAAGCAAAAGCCAUUAUCUGUGGGGGGUGAGGAGGAAGCUUUCAAAGGCACUCUGCUGGAAUGUGGGACAGCUGGAGAUGUAGCAUUGGAUGGUCGUUUUAGAACCGACGCCCACGUGUUUGAUGGUCCAGAGAGGCCCGAUGUUUUUGAAGAUAUGCGAACGACCUCGUCGAUUGAGUCUGCGUUAGGAGUUGACGAGGAGGAUGAUGUAGAAGAAAAGGAUGAGAUUAAAGUGCGGCGGUCCGGAGAGAAGAGCACUCUGGACGAUCAGGUGGUGUCGAAUGAACCGGAGUUGGAAGAUACAAAGGAAGAAAUGUCUCAAUCGGAUGGGAGUGAAUGGCUGACGAAGAGAGGAAGGAGGAAGAGGAGUCCUAAAACACAACAGAAGGAGGGAGCUAUGGAGAUUGAAGAGGAAGCUAUGGAAGGCGAUCCAGUGAUGAAUGUGUCAUUUAGCAAGAUGUCGUUCGAUGAAAUUGUGAUAACAGAGGCUCAUCAGUUCGAUGAACGAGAGAAGCAAAUGACCGAGACGACUGCGUCUGCUGUUGGAGUUGGUGAGGAGGACAGUAAGAUGACGGACGUCGAAGAAGAGGCUGGUGAACCCCUAUCUGGAGGGAAGAGCACUUCGGACGCCCUGGUGGAAGCGAAUGAACCGGAGGUGGAAGAGGCGAAGGAGGAGAUGCCCCAAUCGGAAGUUGUUGAAGGGUCGAUGGGAAGAAGAAAGACUAGGAAGACGAAGAAGCCACGGAAAACGCAGAGGGCUGGAUCUGGGGAAAACGACAAAGAAGUGGCACAAGACGCUCUGGUGGAGAUAGUAACUGCUAGCAAGAUGGCAAUGAAUGGCCUUGUGAGAAAUGAUUCCCCUGAGUUCCGCGGACAAGAGAGGCUUGAUGUUGAAUGUGUCCAGUUUACUGCGACUACAGCAUUUGGAGGAAUACUUGAUCAGAAGAAUAACGCGAUGGUGAAUGUGGAAGAGGUUGAGGAGGAAGUGGAAUUGGAGAAGGAGGAAACGUCCCAAGGAAAUGCAAGCGAAAGUUCCACGCUGGAAGGAGAGAACAAAGUUACGAGGAAUCAGACGGCGGAAUCUGUGGAGACUAAUGAUGAAAUGAUGAGAAGAGAGGCUCAAGAGUUCGAUAGAGAAGAGAAACACGAUGUGGAUGAUGUGUCUAAGUCCAAGACAAAUACGCCCGAUGGCGGCGUAGACGAGGAGGAUAGUGCGAUGUUGGAUGAGGAGGAAGAAAAGGAGUUUGGUGAAUCGGAGGCGGAAGAGAAGAAUGAAUCACCCCAAUCGGAUGUUGGUGCAUGGUCGACGCGGAUGGAAGAGAGUGGGAAGCAGCGGGCGAGAUCUGUGGGGAGUGAUGAAGAGGCUGCGCAAGGCACUCCGGUGGAGAAUGAGUUCAAUGGACAAGAGAGGUCCGAUGUUGAUGAGACGAAGGUAACCGAGUCGAGUGCGCUUGAGUUCGGACUUGGUGAGGAGGAGAAUGAAAUGGUGAAUGUAGAAGAAGAGGUCGACGAGGUGGAGUCGGAAGAGGUUGGUGAACGCCAUUCUGGAGAGAAGUGCAGUCUGGAUGAUCUGGUGGCGGCGAAUGAACCGGAGGUGGUAAAGGCGAAGGUGGAAAUGCCCCAAUCGGAUUGCAGUGAACGCUCAACGCGACGAGAAAUGAGCACAGAGAAGAAGCCUAGGACAAGGCCUACCUUGGGAAAUAUGUCAAGGGUGGUUGUCUCAGCCGGCACUUCUCAACCAAUCAGCGCUCUCGGUGUCGUCACAUCAGGUCUGAUACGGGCAUCUUGUGAGACGGCAAGGUCUGAGGACGACGUCAGCCCUCACCCUCUAUCCAAUUCAAGAGCCAUUGACACGAGCGACAAGCACAUGUCAGAAGAGGAUUUACCGGAACUGAUUGGCGCAGAAUUUGUGAACCCGCGAGGUGCAGACGAAGAGGCGAACUCGUCUACCCUUUCAAGUCCCCUAACAAUUCAACCAACUGAAGGCUACCAGACCGUCGAAUCGACAACUUCGCCGGGAGAGGGCGACGAUUCGUCUGGUUCUUCGCCCGAAAUUAUUCGUCACGAAGAAGUCGAAUCGUACGUGCCCCCUCCGUCGUUUUCCCCAACACCACCACCACCGCCGCCAUCAUCAUUCUCUCGAUGUGCUCAAACCACCCAGACCGUCGUGUCUUCGCGACAGUUUUCCCCCAUGUUGGAGAUUGCGACCUGCCAAACAGCGCGUGGCUCUGCGAGUAAAUUGGUAAGCAUUUUUACCAUGGACCACUUGAAAACCACAGCUCGAGUUGACAGCUUUGCCAUGGGAAAUGUUGGUGCUGAAACAGACGACGAUUGUAUCCGCGUUGAUUGGGGUGACAUUUUAAGCAAUAUGAAAGGGAAGAUGAGUCAGCAGUCUGCCUCCUCAGAAUGUUCAUUCGAUAUCUUGGAAAUGUCUUCUUGUGACAGUUGCGAUGAUGAAGAUGAUUAUCGACUGGCCAUCUAUCCUACCACCUUCAAAAGGGCUCUUGUUAACACAAAAUAUGAAAUAAAUGCCGAAUUAGAUGUGCCAUCGCCGGUGUGUGGCUUGCGACAAGAACGAAAACCUGAACGUUCACGACCGCGACGUCUGCUACCGUUCCUAUUGCUAAUUGCCUUCUUACUCCUCCCUUUGCUUGUGCUUUUCUGUGUCAUCUCACCGCACCUGUGUCCCCUUCCAGGCCCGUGUCCGGGCCUUACACUACGACAAAUAAUUAACUCCUACCUUAAUCAAUAUCAUCGAUACAAACCACCGCCCAAAUGA